GCGAACCAUUGUCGUCGCACCCUGAUGACGUAUUUGCACUGACACGCUUUUCCCAGCACAUGAGGAGAUCAACAUCUGGUCGUCGCUCUGUGUAAACGGUAUCAUGGGAAAGAAUAAACAAAAAGGGAAAAAGCAGAAGAAUGUCUUUCAUGUCGUAAACAAGCACUUGAAAAACAAGCACAAAGCCAAACCCGUCACAACAACGCUCAAACACAUAAACGUCGUGAAGAAGGAGAAGGUGGAGAACCUCAAUCAGAUCUUCACAGAAGUCCAGAGGGAUGUGACGAGCGUUUCAAAGUCGGUUGCUCCUGAACCAAAGAAACAAACGCAGGUUGUCAGAGAGCCUCCAAAGGAAUCUGUAAAUGUUGACAAUGCAGCUCAACUCUUUUCUCAACUCUGAUGGACUUUAACAAUCACACUGUUGUGAACUCUUAACAACAAAUCAUCACCAACUUCUGUAUCGCUCUCCUCCUUGAAUGUAUGAAAUAGUUACCUUCCAGUGCAGUUUGACAUUUCAUGCCAACAUGAGGACGGCAGGUGAGCUGGGAGUGUGAACAAACCAUUCUCCAUGAUGUUAAUUUAAACCCUCUGUAAAUAAAUUAACUGACAGACUUGGGACAUUGUGGAUGUUUUUGCAUUGUUAAUAGUGAAUCGACUUUGGUGCAGAAUUGUUGACUGUGUCAUAGACUGUAACCGAUGAUUUAUUACAUGCCUUUAUCUUCAUGAAUGAAUUAGAUUGUAAAAUAACAAAUACUGAAGAAUGACCAAUACAGUUUCCAAGAACCCU